CCGCCAACUGCGACUAUCUGAAUCCCAUUUGAACAUCCUCUCUCAAAUUGUGCUCUCGCCAAUUCCCUCCGUCUCAAGUCAACAAAAUGGCCGACGGAAAGAGGACAGAUGACUAUACGAUUGAGAUGGACAAACUGGAUCAAGGCAACAAGGGUUUCGAGGCGCCGCCGCCGCCUCAGCCAAGGAGCGCCCCAUCCAACUCUUUGCAAAAUAAUCCAAUCCUGCCAGUAUUAGCUUACUGUGGAUCGUCCAUCCUGAUGACAGUGAUGAAUAAAUAUGUCCUCUCCGGCACGGACUUCAAUCUCAAUUUCUUCCUCCUCUGUAUCCAGUCCGUCGUUUGCAUCGUCGCAAUUCAGACGUGCAAAGCCUGCGGCAUAAUCACUUACCGUGAUUUUAGCGCGGAUGAGGCCAGGAAGUGGUUUCCAAUUACCCUGUUGUUGAUUGGCAUGAUCUACACGGGCUCUAAGGCGCUCCAGUUCCUUUCAAUUCCAGUAUACACCAUUUUCAAAAAUUUGACCAUCAUCCUUAUCGCCUAUGGUGAAGUUCUGUGGUUCGGUGGCUCUGUCACCGGGCUCACGCUGUUCUCCUUCGGCCUGAUGGUUUUGAGCUCACUCAUUGCUGCGUGGGCAGACAUCAAACACGCUGUCGAAAGCAGCUCCGACGCGACCACUACGGUUUCGACAUUGAAUGCCGGCUACAUCUGGAUGUUGAUCAACUGCCUCUGCACUUCUUCCUACGUAUUGGGCAUGCGAAAACGGAUCAAGCUCACAAAUUUCAAAGACUUUGAUACCAUGUUCUAUAACAACCUUCUCUCCAUUCCUGUGUUGAUCGUACUUUCCGGCUUGCUAGAGGAUUGGUCAUCUACGAACGUCAACCGCAAUUUCCCCCCUGUCGACCGUAACAGUAUUAUCUUCGCUAUGAUUCUCUCGGGCUUGUCUACGGUCUUCAUUUCAUACACAUCUGCAUGGUGCGUUCGUGUGACUUCUUCCACGACGUACUCCAUGGUCGGCGCUCUCAACAAGCUGCCCAUUGCGGUUUCUGGAUUGAUCUUCUUCGAUGCACCAGUCACGUUUCCCAGUGUUUCAGCUAUUGUGGUGGGCUUCGUCAGUGGUAUUGUCUAUGCCAUUGCCAAAAUCAAGCAGAAUGCCAAGCCCAAAACGGGCGUUUUGCCCACCGCUAAUCCUCCCGUGAGCGCCAGCAGUCAGAGCAUGAGAGAUUCGUUGCGGUCUUGAAUAGAGUUACGCUUGUUAGCACAAACGGUCUGGCUCUAGGAUAGAGUUGCCAAGCUGACCACCGGGACCGGUGCUCUGUUUGUGUAAUACUUCCACAGUGCAGCGUGUACAAAUCAUUAGACUGAGUGAAACAAGGAAAUCAUGCUAAUUC